ACAAGGAUCCCAUGCUCUGGGCCAUCACCGCCUCACCCCAAAGUCUGCUUUAGGCUGAAGCUGAAGUCAAAAGUCAGAGCUGGAAAUUGAACCCAGUCCCACUUGAGCAGCAGCAAUGGCGAACGAAGCUCAGCCUUGUCCGUGCGACAUCGGCGACAGGAUAGAGUAUGGCGGAUUGGGGCAGGAGGUCCAAGUGGAGCACAUCAAGGCUUACCUCAGCAAGCCUCCCGUGGACACAGGCAAAGCCGUGAUAGUCAUUCAUGACAUCUUCGGCUGGGAGUUACCCAAUACCAGAUACAUAACCGAUAUGAUCACAGGGAAUGGAUACACAGCCAUCCUCCCGGAUUUCUUUGCGGGCCAAGGAGCAUGGAACCCCGCUGAUGACUUUUUUACACCUUUCUUCGCCGAGUGGGUGAAAAGCAGAAAUGCCAGAAAGAUCGAUAAAGAGUUUGAUGCGGUGCUGAGGUACCUGAGGCAGCAGUGCGGUGCCCAGAGGAUUGGCGUCGUGGGGUUCUGCUGGGGUGGCAUUGGCGUGCACCACGUGAUGUCAACAUACUCAGACGUCAGGGCUGGAGUGUGUGUCUAUGGUGUCGUCAAGGACUUCGGAGAUAUUUACAAUCUCAAGAACCCCACGCUGUUCAUCUUUGCGGAAAACGACAUUGCCAUCCCACUGGAGCAUGUCGCGCAGCUGACCCAGAAGCUGAAGGAACACUGCAAAGUUGAGUACCACAUUAAGACGUUUCCUGGACAAACUCACGGGUUUGUGCACCGGAAGAGAGAAGACUGCGCCCCUGAAGACAAGCCGUAUAUCGAAGAGGCCAGGAGGGACCUCAUCGAGUGGCUGAACAAGUACGUGUAGUGUGUAGUGACCGAGUCCAGUCGUCUUCAGCCAGAAAUUUGCUUUGCAAGAAAUCAUUGAAUUCUCACUUUCUGUAACAUACAGGUAGGGAUCCUGAAAUCCAUUCUUAUGUCAGACACACAAAGUUGGGAAUGCUCACGCAUGAAAGCAAUUUAACUGUAACACGUACAUGAAAUAAAGCUGUAAGAUCAUA